GACAGAGAGAGGCUCUGAACAACAGAUAUCAUCGGGUGUGACGUGAAAUGAGCUGUGUGUUGAUGUGGCUAGCAAGCGUUAGAUCUGAACGUAUUUAGGAAAUAUUUUACGCUGUGGCUUGUUUUGUAUUAGGCAUAACUGAGAAUGUCUUGCCCAAAGUUAGGGAACCUGGGCCGAACUCUGUGGCAGAGAAGUAAGACGCCACCCUUUUCGCGGUCCGUAAAGAUCCAAGCCUUUGCAUGUGGCAGUAUGGCUUCUGGUAUUUCUGGCAAUCCGGGAGACAAAUGUUGCAAAAGUGGGUCGAACUGUGGCUCAACCAGGGUCUCCGCAGCAGCAGCAGCAGGUUCACCGCCUCACUCUCCAUCGUCCCCGGCGCACAGGCACCAAGUCGUGGGCAAGAUGAGAAGCGAGGAGUCGCUGGGGGUGUCAGGACGGUCCUAUUCAUCCACCGCGCCUCAAAUUGAUCCGAAGACCUACUUGUGGGCACGCUACAAAGAAAUGAAGCGUCUCGUACACGACUUGAUUCCUCCUGGAGUUUGUAACUUGCUGAACCCCUCCACCAUCUACGCCAACAACGAGGUGGACCUGGACAAAGUGGACAUCUAUGGCUUUGACUACGACUACACGUUGGCCCUGUACUCCAGUUCUCUGGACGCUAUGAUCUACAAUAAGGCGCGGGACUUCCUGGUGGAGCAUUACAAGUACCCCCAGGACAUCAGGAAGUAUGACUACAUCCCAAACUUUGCUGCACGUGGUCUUCAUUAUGAUAUCCAGAAGGGGCUGCUUAUGAAGAUAGAUGCUUUCCAUUACAUCCAGCUGGGUUCUGUAUACAGGGGCUUCUCCCCCGUCCCCGAUGAUGAAGUUCUGCAGCUCUACGGGGGGACCAAUCACGUGCCCCUCCACCAGGUCAGCGGCUUCUAUGGCAAGGGGCCCAAGAUUAAGCAGUUCAUGGAUGUUUUCUCCCUUCCGGAAAUGACCCUUCUGGCCGCCGCCAAUGACUACUUCAUCACCAACGACAUCGAGUACGACCCCGAGCACCUCUACAAGGACGUCUCGGAGGCAGUGGGAAUGGUCCACAUCAAAGGCUACAUGUACAAGUGGAUCAUGCAGGACGUGGAGAAGUUCAUCCUGCACGGAGAUGAGACAUACGCCGUGCUUCACCGCCUCGCCAGCAGCGGCAAGAAGCUCUUCCUCAUCACAAACAGCCCCUUCAGCUUCGUGGAUAAAGGUAUGAGAUACAUGGUGGGGAAGGAUUGGAGGGAGUUUUUCGAUGUGGUGAUUGUGCAGGCGGACAAGCCCCACUUCUUCAACGACUGUGUCAAACCUUUCCGCCGUCUGGACAGCAACGGAGACCUCCAGUGGAGCAAGAUCCGCACCCUGGAUAAAGGGCAGAUCUACAAACAGGGGAACCUUUUUGACUUCUUGCGGCUGACGGGGUGGAGAGGAUCCAAGGUGCUGUAUUUUGGAGACCAUCUGUACAGUGACCUGGCAGACCUGAUGCUGAGACAUGGCUGGCGCACGGGGGCCAUCGUCCCGGAGCUGGAGGUGGAGACGAAGGUGGUGAACACGGAGCAGUACGCCCAGAGCCUCACCUGGCUGCAGGCACUCACCGGACUGCUGGAGCGCAUGCAGAUGCACAGGGAUCCAGAGUCCAAUAAGGUUCUGCAGGACUGGCUGAAAGAGCGCGAGGAGCUGCGGGCCGUGACCAAGAACCUGUUCAACCCGCAGUUCGGGAGCAUCUUCCGCACCUGCCACAACCCCACCUACUUCUCACGCCGCCUGUGCCGCUUCUCCGACCUGUACAUGGCCUCGCUAAGCUGCCUGCUGAACUACGACCUCUCUUACACCUUCUACCCCCGCCGCACGCCCCUGCAGCACGAAGCCCCGCUCUGGAUGGACCAGCUCUGCACCGGCUGCAUGAAGACGCCCUUCCUGGAGGAGAUGGCACACAUUCGCUGAGCCUGGCCCCCGGCCCGUCUCCCUGCGCGCCUGGCCCCGGCACAGGGGCUCAGACUCGGACAAACUCAAACCGGCAAACCACACAAACUUAGCAGAGCACAGCUGCUCUGGUCUCCUCGCGGAGCCUUGUUACAGACUGCACAACUGCGCCCUCUGCUGGAGGCAGGGGGAUAUUGCGGCGCUCUCUCAAGACUCGGGUAAUGGCUUCUGAGAGGAUCUUUUGCUGAAGCUGCUCUCUGUAGUCGUGGAGUUACGGGCCAGAGCGGCGGAGUGCAGUAUAUUGCAUGUUGAACAUUUUAUUUUAAUAAGCCUUUAGCGUUUUUAUCAUCUCGUUGCAAACGCACAGUGGACUUAUCCAUUUGGAGUCGAGAGUCUGAAGGCUCUCUGUGGCUGGGUGUGAUGAAUUUACACGUAUAUAGAGGAAGAACUUCCUGCAGGUCUUGCUGCAUAGUGCAGGUAAAGUGGAAGACCCAAGUUAGCAGCUUGUUCCAAUGGUACCAAACCCAAACAAACUGGCUUGUUGAUGUAGUCUGAGAUAAACUGAUAAAAAUGAACAUUAUGGUGAAUAUUAUGAAUUUACCAGCCACCUGUAUCUCAGCAUUUAUUUAGUAUAUCUUUUCAUUGGUACAACAGGCCACAAGCCUAUGGUUUCUCUCGCUCUCCCCCCUCUCCCGUCUCUCUCUUUUGAACAAACAGGGUUUUUUUUAAGUGGGAUGGCCUGGAAGUGUUGAGCUGGAGAUGGGAUGAGGUCUAAAGAGCAUUAUUUACUCUUAUGUAAUCACUUUUGUUCUCAAACACUAGAGUACUUUGGACGUAAUGAAAGCAAGUGUGAGCACCAGGCUGCAAAAAACUACGCACAAAGACCCAACAGUCUGUGGGUCUUUUUCUUUUUUUUCUUUGGUUGAUUUUAUAUUUUUGUACCAUCGUGUGGCAUCUGAGUGACAGCUGUGUAUGCGCAGUCAAUAAAACACUGUGCAUAGAA